GCGGACUGUGAGAACACCGCGAAAUUGAUUGAAUCCGUGCAAACGGUACUGAAAGCAGUAAAGAAAGAGCUGCAAUCGAAAAUUGAUCGUUUGGAAGCGGUCGAAAAUCAGCGAACCACUAUUCUUGGAUUACUUCAAUCCGUUCAGGCGGCAGCUAAUGAGGCAAAAAGUUUGCAAGAAAAAUGUGUGAAGAAAGCGCUGGAUAACGAUGAGCAGCGGAUCUCUGUAUCAAGCGAUGAUGAUAAUGAGAUGAAACAGUCUACUUCGGUUCCGAACAGCCUUCUCGAUCAGUGA